AUGGCAGAUAAACGGUUCACACCGUGGGUCGUUCUCAAAAUGUACCGGUCAGUUAAGGAAAUAGUGCUCAGUUUUGUUAUCUUGGUGAUUCUUCACAGCCACGUCAGCAACUGUGCGCGAGUAAAAGAAUUUGUCGGUGAGAAGGUGGCAACAUGUACUAAUGCCAACACAGAGAAAUUUGUGAUGAAAUUUCCAGGAUCUCUAAAUUAUACCCUGGGAAGUAACAUUGCUAGAUUCUACGGAAAUUUCAGCGUUACGGAAACGGUUCAAGAACCGCUCGAGUUUAUUAUAAUAACGAAUCGGUGCACGAUGGAUAUGAAGACAUGUGAGCUCUUCAACAAGAUAAACCUGUCCAACAUCUGCCGGUACAUCAAUGACGAGAAAGGCCUUUGGGCUUCUUUCUUCAAAAGCUUGGAGCCCGAUCUGCGCUGUCCGAUCAAACCCGGUGUCUACAAGUUUGAAAAUUCCAUCAUCGAUCUUUCCUUCUUCACUAACUUCCCUCUCGAAGGCUACCGGUGGCAGGCUAGUUUGAAACUGUACUCGAAAACCCAACCGAAGAAGGAAUUAUUUUGCCUUUCAACACAAAACUCAAUGCGGUGGGUGAAGAAACCGUAGAAGAAGAAAC